CGAAACAAGCUUUUCGACUUGAUGUUUGGUAUCUGGCAUUAAAAUGUGCUGACAUUUUCUUACCGGGAGAAAUUUCAGCGCCUGAUGGUGAUAGGGCAAAUAUAAAGGGAUAAUUGCUUCUCCGAAUACUUGAUUGGUCAUAAUGGGACGUUUACAGACUGGACCCAGAACGGCUCACAUAGCAGCCAGUCAUGGCCCCGAUACAAACAUCAUGAAGUUCUAUGUCACUCAAAACUCCACAACGUAUGGCAAACACUGGGAGAAGUUCAAACCCAAGCAGGGUCGCCACACAGGCACCGGUUAUCUGUCAAACUUCAGACCCGGGGUUUACUAUAGUAAAAGACUGGAUGAUGUUGAUAAUCCAUUCAUGGGUGAAGUUUGUGCCAAAAACUACAACACUAUAACAAAGCUACAUUACCAGCCCUACAAAGAAAAUACAGGGGAAGAGGCUUUGCCUUGUACCACAUUCCAAGUGGGGUCAGGAUUUGUACGAGCAAAGCAUUUAACAGUUCCAACAGUGAAGGAGGCUGCUGAACCAUUUAUUGACACCCGCAUUGUGAAUGCUCGUACAGACAUUCUACCCAGACAUAAACCUCUGCUGCAUAAAAUUCAACCAAAAGAUCCCGUUGAACUUGAGAAUUCAGGAUAUGGGCCUGGCUAUAUGACAACAGAGACGCACCAAAGGUUCACAGGAAAGCCUGCUGAUGAUACACGUGAUAUGAAGCCGAAGUCAGUUGGCCCUAUUGAAGAGAGUGGUUUCACACAUGCUAAAAAUGUUGAGCCUAUAACAUUCAACCAUGACUCUCCUCACAAAAAUGAAUAUCCAGGUUGGAUGACCAACAGACCAACAGGUGUCAGUAUAUUCAAAACACACUUCCUACCUUCUGAGUAUCUGCAUGGCAAUGAGCCAUUACCAAAGCUGAACACUGCAUCUGAGAGAGGUUCAGGGUUCACCAGAGAAAAGGUCAAACCCCUCUAUGUUCACCGAGUGCCAUUAGAAGCCUAUGACCUGGCCAGUGAUGUUCCUAAUCUAAGGCUGGAUCGGACAAGGAAAGUGGAUCCCAGUGAAUACAUAAACAUGACCCAUCCCAACAACCACUCCAGCAUUAUGAAGUGUGAUUACCUGGGGAAGCAGUAUCCUGACCAGAGCGAGUCUGACCGCCUGGGCCACACUGGUGUGGGCAACAAGGAGCUGACUGGCUACUCUGAGAACAAUGACCGCUUUGUACAGACCUCUGAUAAUCCACGUCGCUUCAUCACACAUUACAUGACCAGGUUCCAGGAUGAGACCCCAGUGGGAAAGGCUCGGGAAGGCCACUGUGGUGGAGGGGUCCAGCCUCAGUUGCUAGACGGCUUCACAAAGAGUACCUCUGUUCAUACAUAUGGCCCUGAUGUAGAGAGCAGUGCUACACUCAGGAGACUUGAGCCCUACGUCGGCAGGAGUUUGGUGGCUAGAGAUCCAUUUUUUGAUGACCACAAGCAUGACAGUAAACUACAUAGAUCAGUCACCAUGAUGGCAUGA